AUGAGCGGUAAGCCAGCCCUGGCAGUUGAGCUCGGCGAUCUGUCCUUCAACAAGAAGGGAGGGAAGUUCUUCCCUUUGCGCGGCGCGGGCGUACGCGCGCCUGAGUGGUCGUCCGCCGAGUGGCUCAAGAUCCUCUGGCACCCGAGCGGGUUCAAGGAUCCCGACGCUCGUCGGGUGUCGCUCAGCCUCGAAGCCGACGAGGGCGUUAAAACGCUCUUCCGCGGGGUCGAGGAACACCUCGUCCGCAGCCUGGCGGCGCUGUCGAUAAAGGAUAGCAGGCUUUUCGGCAAGGUUCUUACGGAAACGGAAGUCAAGGACCGCUUCCUCUCAUGCUUGAAGACGAACGCUCGCUGCGAAGCUUUUCUGAAGACCAAGAUGGACUGGGAUAGGGUGCGGAUCUGGGGUCCGAAGGGCGAGAAGCUCGAGGACCCAGGCGACCUCACCGGUCGGGAAUGCAAGGUGAGGUGCGAACUGCGACAGGUCUGGCUGAUGACGGCGCAAUGCGGACUCUUGGUCGAAGUUACCGAUCUCAUGCUGAAGGCAUCUCUUGCCAACAGCGCGCUGUCAAUGUACAGGUUGCGGAACAUGGUGCGUCGUUCCUUUGCCAGUGUCUGUGUGGUGGCGCUCGUGGAGUUCCACGCUUUCGUGGGGAUGAAGACGCAUGUCAGACGCUACAAGCUGCAGAGCCGCAACGCUGCUUGUGUCGACAGGUUUGUGACAAUGGCGCAAAGUGUGCUCAAUGUAAACGGGUAUGAUGCGAACGUCACACGAGUUGCCGUGGAGCUUGCCCAGAGGGAGAUGCUUGCCGAGAGGGACGCAGAGGCUGCUCUGGAGGAGGCUUUUGCUGCCCACGAAAACAUCUCGCUGGAGUUCCCUCUCAAUGUAUCUUUUCCAGAAGUGUCACAAUCAUUGUUGUAUGGUAGGCUGAGCGAGCAAGUGCACGAGCCGCCAGGCUUGGUUGUGCUUCGCUUGUGGAAUGAUACUGAAUACACCGGCGAGGUGUACUUGCUCCGCGACCUGGGUGCUCACUACAGUCGGAAGUUGGGCAUUGUCGCUGAGCCACUAGAUCUGAGCCGAGCAUUGGCUGACAUGAUGAAGCCAGACCGCCGUCAGUGA